AUGGGCUACUGGGACAUCCCCGAGGGCACGGACUGCCUGCAAAAAACAUGGAUAACCACCAAACUGGCCACGACUCUAGGCUUGGUGGGCUCGGCCUAUCACAUCGUAGCGUUCCAGCCUGAUACGGCGGCGGAAGCUUUUCGGCGAGCCGGCAACGUCACGGUGACCAUGGCCGCCAUGGGAGCCAUCUUCGGUAUGGGUACGUGCCUGACCGCUCAGGCCCGAGAGGUUCCGGACGAUCCGCUCAAUUACUUCGUGGGCGGCUGCGCUUCCGGUAUCUUCAUGGGCGUCAAGACUCACAGCGCCACCACCGGCACGUCGGCGUGCCUGGCGCUGGGCGCGCUGGGCUACUUGGGCAAAGUGGCCAAAGUGGAGAAAUGGCGACUGAUAGGACCUCCGGAACUGUGA